AUGGUGGCCAUCGUCAGUCAGUAUGCCAAUGCGCACAUGACCAUCAGGUGCCUAGAACUGCGUUACGGAACUCCUGUAGAGAUACAGUCAGAUAAUGAAUCCCACUUUAAAAACAAGCAAGUGAUACAAACUUAUGCGUACGCGGUACCCCAGCCAAAGGAGAAUGUACAGAUCAUCCUAGCCAACGUAAUUGAACAGCAACACAUAUGUCUCCGCAUCGCUACCCACAACGAUCCAUUUUCCACCUGUAUGGUGGGGAUUUGGGCCACCAUAAACUCAGCUUGCUUAUUGUUAGGUGACAGCACAGAUCUUACCUCUGUCUGCAGCUUCCCCUCCAAAACUGCUCGGGUCCUGAUACCAGAUGACUACUCAGAUCCAUUUGAUGCCAAAAGUGAGUUGAACAAAAUGAGGAAAGGGGAGAACACGGGCUAUAUGGAACCAUACGAAGCCCAGAGAAUAAUGACUGAAUAUCAGAGGCCUGAGAAUGAGAAGCCCCAUGGAAAAAGUAUGCAGCUCUAUGAUAUGCCCUAUGAGCCAGAAGGCGGCAGUGUGGAAUCGGACUCUGACAGCGUGGUGAGUCAGCAUUUGCGAGAAAGCAAGUUGCCACAGGACGAUGACAGGCCUCCAGAUGAAUAUGACCAGCCAUGGGAAUGGAACAAAGUCACCAUCCCAGCCCUGGCAGCCCAGUUUAAUGGAAGUGAGAAGCGACAGGCACCUUAUUCCUCAAAUGAUCAGCGCAGGCAGUUACGAGCACUUGGAGGAGGCUUUAAACCCAUCAAACAUGGCAGUCCAGAAUUUUGUGGCAUCCUGGGAGAAAGGAUAGAUCCAACUAUUGCACUGGAAAAACAGAUAUGGUAUCAUGGAGCAAUCAGUCGAACAGAUGCAGAAAACCUGUUACGUUUAUGUAAGGAGUGUAGCUACCUUGUAAGAAAUAGUCAAACAAGCAAGCACGACUAUUCUCUUUCACUCAAGAGCAGUCAAGGUUUCAUGCACAUGAAACUGACGAAAACCAAAGAAAAAUACAUCCUGGGUCAGAACAGUCCUCCUUUUGACACCGUUCCGGAAGUCAUCCACUACUACACUACAAGGAAGCUGCCCAUCAAGGGAGCAGAACACUUGUCACUUCUCUACCCAGUGGCCGUGAGGACUCUGUAAAAGCCCUCUCACCUCUUCCUGUGGAUGGGAGG